GGAUUCGCGGUUAUAUUCGAUUCGCUUACAUCACUGCUCCUACUCUUAUCCUCCAAAUGAUCAGAGUCGGAGUAGGAGGUCGGGCAGUCAUCGGCGUCGGCGCCCUCCCGCCGGUAGUGUGCGGGCUGACCAAACAAGGCCACCGCUUUCUCACCUCUCUCGCAAUCGCCGAUCCGUCAUCCGCCGCCGUCGGAUUGCUUCUCCGCAAAUUCGUUUCCUCGACUUCCAAACACGUCGCUCUCACCACUCUAUCUCAUCUCCUCUCCCCUUCCACAACCUCCCACUCUCGUCUCUACUCCUCCAUUGCACUUCCUCUGUACACAGUGAUAAAGCAGGAGCCGUGGUUCAGCUGGAACGGCAAGCUAGUGGCGGAUUUAAUUGCUUUUCUAUACAAACAAGGAAGGUAUGAUGAAUCCGAAGAGUUGUUUGCUGAAACAAUUGUGAAAUUAGGGCUCAGGGAGAGGGAAUUGUGUAUAUUCUUAUGUCAUUUAGUAGAAUCUCAUGGUGACCACAAGUCACAGAAAGGGGUUUUCCUUUCUUCGGAAAAGCUAGGGCAAUUGUUGCUGCAUUCACGUUCAGGUUAUGUAAAGAGGAGAGGAUAUGCAUCAAUGGUGGCUGGGUUUUGUGAAAUAGGAUUACCUGACAAAGCUGAGGCUCUAAUUGGGGAAAUGAGAGAGAUUGGAUUGAAACCAUCAGCUUUCGAGUUCAAAUCGAUUGUUUAUGGGUAUGGUCAGAUGGGAUUUCUUCAAGAAAUGAAGAGGGUUGUUACAGUGAUGGAGGGGGAAGGGUAUGAACUGGAUACAGUUUGUUGUAAUAUGGUGCUUGCAUCAUUUGGGGAACACGGCGAGCUUCUCGAUAUGCUUUGGUGGUUAAAGAAAAUGAGGGAUUCGGGAAUACCGUUCUCAAUCAGAACUUAUAACUCUGUCCUGAAUGCAUGUCCAACUGUUAUGGCAAUGAUAAGGGAUACAAAGAAGUUGCCUCUCAUGAUGGAUGAAUUGGUUGCUAGUUUGAAAAGAGAUGAGGCGGAUGUGGUGCUGGAAUUGUUGAAAUCGAAUGUUCUUGAUCAAGUGAUGGAGUGGAAGGCUUCAGAGCUAUCGUUGGACUUGCACGGAAUGCAUUUGAGCAGCGUAUAUUUGGUGUUGAUGCAGUGGUUUGGUGAAUUGAGGCGGAGGUUUGCUGCUGGGAAUUUUGUUACUCCGGCGGAUGUUUUGGUGAUAUGCGGAGUCGGGAGACAUAGUUCUACUAGAGGAGAAUCACCGGUGAGGAAUUUGGCAAAAGAAAUUGUGGUUAGGAUGGAAUGUCCAUUGAGGAUUGAUAGGAAGAAUAUAGGAUGCUUCAUUGGGAAAGGGAGUAAGUUGAAGGAUUGGCUGACCAUGUCAUGAGGUUAGUGAGUAAGAUGGCUGACGCAGUGAUGGUUUGAUAUGUAAGGUUCGUAUUGAGAUGGCCGACUCAAUAAGGAGCUGGGAUGGGCGAUUUGCCGUAUAGGUGUCGUCUUGAUAGGAAUGCCCGAUCCGAAUUCAAUUUUAUUGUAGGAAAAAAGUUAAUAGUAAAGAACUUGAUUUAAGUUGUGUGCACGAAAUUGUAGGAUGAUCGUCAGUUUGCCUGAACGUCUCGUAUACUAUCUGGCAAAUAUUGUACAAUUUUUCCACUUUCAACGCAUACAAUCUAAACUACCUAACAUUCCAAAAAAUCUACGGCUUUCACCAAUAUGCAGGAGUUUCGCCACAUCAUUCGCAUUAGGUGAUUUUAGGUAAGUUCCUACAAAAAUUUUAACAAUCGAACGGCAAAAUCUCUUAAGACUUUCAA